UAAUAAUUUCUUGUUUUACCCCACUGUUUGGUGUGGAUCAGAUCUCCAUAUCCUCAUUAUUAUAUUACAACCUGCAACUCUCAAUAUCAAUGGCUCCUUUCAAGGUUUUAUUCUCUGCACUUUUGUUACUUUCAUGCUUAAAAAAAGUUCAAGAAUCUAUACCUGAUUAAACCCUUUUGUGAUAUUGGUAUACACGUUCAUUUUGUUUACGCAUUUGAGGUGUUUGGGUAGUUUUGUUUCUCUGAGACAUUUUAUCGAACACCUUACCUGCAAGUUGAAGUAUGCUUCAGAAAGCUAAUAUUAUGAAAGCUGAUUGUAUGUUUCUAUGAGUAGUUUUAGCGAACAGCUUACCUGCGAGUGUGUGGAAGCUAUUGCUAUGAAAGAUCAGCGUAUGUUUCUCUGAGAUAUUUUAUCAAACACCUUAUCUGCAUGUGUUAUACUUGCAUUUUUUAAUGGGUCUUGUUGUUCUUCAUGCUUCACUUCAGUUUCACAUGUUUUAGUAAACUGUACACUUAGAUCUGUGUGAUUCCCCAUUGAACAUUAGAGUUUACUGUCACAAUCUAUCAAUCUUUGAUCUAAAAAGCUAGUGAUUUGACCAAAAUGAGGUCAAUAGAAGAUAAGGGUUGUUUAAAUCAUGUCUCUCACGAGACGUCCGGUGGCGGCGGCAACGGUGGCGGUCACCGCGGCGGCCACCGGACGGCUUUAGGCAAACCGACACCGUCAAAAUGGGACGAUGCCCAAAAAUGGCUAGUCAAGUUAUCGAGAGGCGGCGAAAAGAGUCACUCGAACAGCGAGCCGCGUAAUUCAAACGCCGAUGAUCGAAGAUUAAUAGGUUCGGGUUCGAAACACGAGUAUCCGAGCUGCGAAGAUGAAGACGGAGGUGACGGGAUCAUGGUGCAGUAUACCGGAAUCGAAACAAAACAAGUCAACUGUGAUGAGUCAAUAUGGAGAUCUAAUGAGAGUACAGGAUCAGUUGUUAGAUCAAUAUGUGUUAGAGAUAUGGGAACCGAAAUGACCCCUAUGGCUAGCCAGGAGCCUUCAAGAGCCGCUACACCGGUUCCAGCCACAACCCCGGCUGCACGCAGCCCUAUAGCUUCCGGUUCAUCAACUCCCGUUAGACCAGGUGUGAACCGUGGGCCCACGGUUGAUGUUGGUGGGCCCACGAGGUUUGGUCGAGAUAGGGUGGGUCCCAAUGGUGAAAAUGUGGUUGAUAGUAAGCCGGUAAAUCCUCUGGAAACCCGAGCGAUGGCUUGGGAUGAAGCCGAACGUGCAAAGUACAUGGCAAGGUACAAGCGCGAAGAAGUGAAGAUACAAGCUUGGGAGAAUCAUGAAAAGCGGAAAGCCGAAAUGGAAAUGAAAAGAAUGGAGGCCAAGGCGGAAAGAAUGAAAUCUCGGGCACAAGAAAGGUAUACAAACAAACUUGCAUCAACGCGAAGGAUUGCUGAGGAAAAACGAGCAAAAGCCGAGGUGAAUCUGAACGAACAAGCGGUAAAAACAUCUGAAAAAGCGGAUUACAUAAGAAGAACAGGGCACCUUCCAUCUUCUUUCUCAUUUAAACUUCCUUCUACUUCUCGGUGCUGGUAAUUAACAUAGCAAGUGUAUUCAGAUCACUUUGUUGUAUCUUUAAGAAUUCAAGAUUUUAUAUUUUUAUGGACUAUUUUUUUUUUUUUUU